UCAAGGCUAGGCUAGCUACUAGCUAGGAAGUGGGCUGAGGCGGUGUGAGACACUCCUGGCUCCUGGCCUCCUUUAUCAACACAGGGUGAGGUGUAUCCGCUGAUCAGUCGCACCCGGCUUUCUCAAGAGUAGGAGUUCGACACACUUGUUGAAUACGGGAACAGUGGAUUUAUUAUUUUGGAACCUACUGCGGAGAUUUCCUGUCAUCAUGGGUGCUAGUAUUACAAGAACCGAUUUUGAGUGGUCUUAUACUGAGGAACCGCACGCUUCCCGAAGGAAGGAGAUGUUGGCUAAAUAUCCAGAGAUGAAAAAGCUGAUGGGCUCAGAUCCACGUUUCAAGUACAUUGUCACUGCCAUGGUCAUACUUCAGUUGCUUGUGUGCUAUGCCAUGAAGGAUCAGUCUUGGAUCACUGUGCUUGCUUUUGCAUACAUAUUUGGUGGAACUAUUAAUCAUUCACUCACUUUGGCAAUUCAUGAAAUUGCCCACAAUUUGGCUUUUGGACAUGGAAGGCCUCUGACCAACAGGUUUUUUGGAUUCUUUGUAAACCUUCCGAUUGGUGUCCCAAUGUCGAUAUCUUUUAAAAAGUAUCAUCUGGAUCACCAUCGUUACCAAGGUGAUGAAGAAAAAGAUGUGGACAUUCCUUCAUACAUGGAGACCAAGUUGUUUACUCGGACCCUAUAUAAGUUCGUUUGGGUGUGCCUGCAGCCGUGGUUCUACUCAAUACGGCCCUUCUUCAUCAAUCCAAAACCACUUGGUGCACUGGAGGCCUUUAAUAUUGUCCUUCAGUUUGCAUUUGAUUACUUGUUGUGGUACAACUGGGGAAUCAAAGCUCUGGCGUACUUGGUAGUUGGCAGCUUCAUGGCCACAAGUCUUCAUCCAAUGGCUGGCCAUUUCAUCUCGGAGCAUUACAUGUUUGUGAAAGGAUACGAGACAUAUUCGUACUACGGCCCCCUCAACUGGUUGACCUGGAAUGUAGGUUACCACAAUGAGCACCACGAUUUCCCCAGCAUUCCAGGCUCAAGGCUGCCCCAGGUUCGUGAGAUUGCCCCGGAGUAUUAUGAUAAUUUGCCAUGCCAUCAUUCAUGGGUGAAGGUCAUCUGGGACUUCAUCUUGGAUCCCGAGAUUGGCCCAUACUCCAGAGUAAAACGUCCAAGCGACAAGAAAAUGAAUGGGAAUGGUGCCACGCACAAAGAGAAUGGCUUCAGCUCCACCAAGGAGAACGGAGGUACCCAUCAGAAUGGUGUCAAGGCUGCAAAUGGCAAAUGUCAUGAUUAAGUAGUGUAGAUUUGACUUUGAUUUGUAUGUUUCAUUGUUUUGUGCAGAGUGGCUGUCAAUCUUGAGCAAAAUCAAAAUGCCGUUAUGUCUCUAGCUAUGUUAAAAGGUAUGUUGCUGUUCUGAACUGUUGAUGGCUUAAAUAUUGCAAGUUGUUAUGGAAUGUGCUCUGCUAGAGGUGUGUUCUAUUUUUUACUUCUUUCAUUUUUCAUGACCAAGUACAUUUUAUCUUUGACAAAUUAUAUGCUGUUUGUGAAAUAAAUGAGGUCAGUGUCACCACAAGUUUUUGAUUUAGGAUUUAGUGGUGGUGCUGUCUUCGUUGUUAAAAAAUGUGGAAGCUUUACUUGCAUAGUUUACUCAAGGUUGUAUAAGAAAGUACCAGAAAGGCCUUCCUUUACAACCAAAAAGGAAGUAAAACAAACAAUAGAUAGACAAUAGUGGCAUUGGUUUUGAAAGUACUCUUCAGCAGUGGUCAAAUAUUACCCAAAGGUAAAUAACUGUCAAAGAUCAUGACACCCAUUAAAAGCCUUGCCAUUCUGGGCCUCCGUUGCAAACAUUGGGACUGUUUUCAGAUAAAUAUAUAUCCAUUAUAACCUCUAUACACAAAUUGUCCGUCCUUUGAUGUAUAGAGGCCAUGCUCUGGUCUUAGUGUAAAUGCUAUGUUGACGUGAGAUAUGAGUCAUCGGCAAACAUAUUUUAAAGAAAAUAUAAGUUCCCAUUGUUAGUAUCUGGCGCUGCCUUCUGUGUUCAACUUCUCCUUUCUUUGUUAACUAUUCUUAUUCAAAACUGUUGACCUUUAUGGGUGUUGAGAAAAUUGUUUUGCUUGCAAAUGACAGCCACUCUGUAAAGGAGGAAACAUUUUAUUGCUGUUUGCUAAUCAAAUCGAGCAUUUAGCAGUUGUAUUCUAAUGUCCUCUAAAUUCUUGGGGGUUCUUAAGUUAUUCAGUUUUUGGGUAACAUUAUGGAAUCCCUUUAAAGGAAAAUGUUAUGCCUGCAUCAGAUUGGUUUUUAUGAAUGCUUUGUAUUCUGUGAAAUCAUUGCUUGUUGUUGUUUUGGGUUUUUUUAUUUGUUUUUCUUUAGUUAUUAUUUCGAUUCUUCUUUUUUAAACAUCUGACUUAAAAGGUUUGACAGAUCUGUGGCUCUCCAGCCUCUGUUGAGUUUGUUGACUGGCAAAACUAGUCCUACUAUUUAAACUUAGGAGAAAACAGAUGUGAUAGAUACCACAAGGAAGAGUCAAGAGAAAGAUUGUUUUGUAGAGAUAUCUUUUCCUUAUGCCUCAUGGGCCUCCAAUGUUUGGGCUUUGUGGUGUGUGAGAGAAAAAGAGAUUGUAUGGACAAGAUUGCAUUGGCUUGUCCUGUGAGAAAUGUGGGCUUGCAAAUAGAUUUAAUUGGGUUGGGUUUUUUUUAUUGUCUCAGCUCACAAAGAAAACUAUAUAUUGCUAUUGUGCACUGCAUGUUAGAUACAUUGAAAUAGGCUGUAAAAAAAGAAGAGUCAUUCUUUUAGCAACAACAAAAAAGUGCACUAAAAGCAGUCUGAGAUAAAUGUCACAACUUAACAAUUAUCUUGCUUUUCCUUUUGUAAAAAGAAAAUAAUAUUACUGAGGGUUUUUUGGGGUCAUGUAAUUCACUUUUGAGGUGUGUCUUUACCCGUCAGAUGAAGUAGUGCCAUCUUUGUUCGGGGUCAAUUUUGUACAGCUGACUGAUUUAAAGUGUAAAUUCAAGUGAAGGCAAGCAAUGAGAUAUGAGUGAAGGCUAUACUGAUGCUCACGUUAUGUGGACUUCUGUAACUCUUAGAAACUUAUAUAUAUGGCUUCGGUCUCUGGACAAUACAGAGACAUGAUAGCAGGAAUAAGAAUGUGUUGAACUCUGUUCCUGAAAAGAGUUCAAGAGACUGUUUUACAAUGAAAUUUACCUUCUGUGCAUUUGUUGACAUGAUUUUGGAUUCCUUUUUGAGGGAGUCAGAUUGCUGGUGUUUCAUAAUUAUGUUUGCAUAUUUCAUUGGGUUUGUUUUUUCUCUUCAUAAAUAUGUGUUAGUUUUAAGUUUAGUUUGCACUCUUUAACUUUCCUUUGAAAAUGAGUUUUACUUUGGCCUGCCUAAAGACUACUAUUGACCUCUCUCUUUACUUUGUUUAAAACACGUCUUUAGCUCAAAAUUGCUGAUUUGAAAAAUGAAGUCUGUUGUUCCGUUGAAGAUUUAUAUUGUCACGUUGGUUGUUCUCUGCAUGGAAAUAAUAUAUUACAUUUCUGUGCUUCUUUCCGGUUUGUUAACUACAUUGUACUUACUUAGGAUGUCUUUUACUGAAUUGGACAGUAGCAGGGAGGUAGUGCUAGUGUAAUAGAAAUACAAAGAAAAUAUGAUAAAAUGGGUUUUAAUGUUCUGCCAUAUAGUAAAAGAAUAAUAUUUUGAAUACUCACCGUUGUGAGGUUUCAUCUCUGUAGGUUCUUUGAAUGAGAUUUGUGCAUUUCAAAAAGUAGUCAUAAAUCCAAAUUUGUAUUUUUACUUAUAAAUUAAUUAGUAUUCUGAGCCAAUCUUUAAUCUCUGCGCCAGUAGUUGUCUUCCUCCUGUCCUUUUUUCAAGUUUGUUCACAGCACAAGCAUUUGUUGGCAGAGCCUAAAAGUCUUUGUCGAUAUACACAUAAUCUGUUCUCCAUCAUUUCCAAAUGUUUUUCUGUUUCUUGGCCAGUCUUUGUAUCUUCAUAUUGUUAUGAAUCUAAUCUUUGAAAUUGUUUCAUAAGUGUCAACAUUUGAUCCCAGUCUUUUCUUUUUUCCUUUACUAAUUGUUUGAGUGUUGGUGGUGGGUAUUUUUUUAAAAGUGUUUGUACGACAGUUGUACAUGUGUUUCUAGAACUGUAUUAAUAUUGUCAUGAGCACCAAAAAAAAAAACCGUAAACCCAUAAACUUCUGGUGCACUCAUGCUCAGAUCAUAUAUUUUUUUUCUGAUCAGAUUCUGUGAUGUGGUAAAAGAUAUACGGUUAAUUAAUGCCCUUUUUUCUAAUGACUUCUGGUCCAUAGGACACGAUGCUUGUCCAGUGUAGCUCUGUUGAAUUUUUUUCUAGGUAGCGUUAUCACAUACCUGUCCAACUCACUGUCUCUAAGUGUUGUGAGUUUUGGGUUUGGGUCUUUAGUUUUAUAUUUAAGAUUUACUGCACAAUUUUCUAACAAUACUUAUUAUGAUUAAUGAAGGAGCACAGAAAGCUUUUUACACAUUCUAUAAAAAGUCACAAAUCUUCUUUACAAACUUGCUUUUAAAGGGACAGCAAGGGUUUGCUUAUAUUGGGAGCCAACAUGUGAAGUUCAGAAUCUCUAGUUCUGUUUCAGUGCUUCAGUAUCAACUGUUUAUGGCCUGUCUCUUGACUGAUCAUUGCUCUCCUCAAGCUCUCUGGCUUGAUGAUACUCUAUGACAUCUGCAUUUGAAUUGCUUUGCCCAUGAUGGAUUCAAGCAAAUUUCGCAUCAGUCUGAAAAGCAUUUUAUCAACGUGAGCUAGGAUGUUAACUCACUGCACACAAGCUAUAUCUCUUAUUGCUAUCCCUUGUGUACUCAUAAUUUCAAUGUGUAUUUGUAAUAAUCACUGUGUCUGGACUAAUUGACAUUGAGUCAAGAAAAAAGUGAAAUGUUGCAAUAAUAUUGCAGCUGUUCUUAUUAAUUCUGAACUCGGAAACUGUUGGUGCUUUUUGUAAGGUUGAAACAACUUUGACAGCAACACAUGCGGCAUGUGUUGGCAAUGAAAUGAGUUAAAUGUUUGCUGAAUUGAAUUUUUUUUUUUUUUCUUUGGAACUAGUUUACUCUUAAGUCAAUUGAAGUUUUGCAAAUCAAGCAUUAAUUUUUAAAAGGCACAUUGUGAGAAUGUUAUGUCCAUAAUGUUCAAUAAAACUGGGCUAAUUAUAAUCGUACCUUAAUUGAACAGUUUGGUAGUGCCGUGUAAUGACUUAAUGAUAGGUUUAAUGGAAACACAUAAACGAAAAUACAUACUUUAGUUUUGUGUUCUAACAAAAGUGAAAUUUCAGGUCUUAGAUCUGUAGUGGUUUAUUGUCUUGGGCUUGUUAAAAAAAUGUGUUCAAUUGAAUUUACAAACCCCGUCUCCCUCCAAAACACAUUGCACACUCAAACAAACACUUUUUAAAAAUUCUGAUGUUGUCAUGUAUGUUUCUCAUACUCUCUUUGUACAUAAGUACUUUCUAUGUUUUAUGUUGUCGCCUACGCAAGAAAAUGAAUGCUAGUGUUUUGAACAACUGAGGAGAUAAUGUUUUGUAAUCAUAUUGAAUAGAUGAUGAAAAGCCUUAUCGGGUUGAUAAAAUAUAUACACUCUUGUAUUAUACUAUCAGUGACUUUGUCUCCCUAAAUUUCUCUGAAAAGAAAUGCUCAGGAGAGCUUGGGACUUCCCCUUUCUUGUUUUGGUGUGUUGGUAGUAUUUUUUUUGUUGGGACAUCAAAUGUGUAUAUAUAUAUGUAUAUAUAUAAUGGAAUAUAAUACAACAGUUUAACAUUUAACACUGGAAACUUGAAUCAUUCCAUGAUAGGAAAUUUUCCCCCCUUGGAUGGUUUAUUGAGGGUCAGAAAGGGGAGAGUAUGUCUCCCCAAGUUUGAAGUUUUUAAAAGUUCCUGUCUUUUUUUAAGGACAUGCCAGUUGUUAUUUAUAUUGUUUUCUCUGAGGUGUGUCUCGUCUCCCCUCUAAGUCAGUUAGUUUGAACCAGGAUCUGAAGCCAGUGGCUGAAGAAGGUAGAAAUACACCACAACUAUCUUUAUGUUCAGUCCAGUCAUGUAUAUAUACACUUAUGAUUUAUAGCCAUACAGUUGUUGCAAUCUGUCAGCACUUCACGCAGUUGAAAAUGAUGCUGUUAACAAUUUUGUUUAAAGUUGCAUUAUACAUCGUUGUUUGUGUUAUUGGUGUGGUGCUUGAACCUUUUCUGCUUUGGUGCUGCAUUACGAUUGAAUGAACUGAGUGCAGCACACUAGUUGAUGUUGAUUGCUUGUAUUUAUUUUAUCCCUUACUCAUACACAUACUGAAUACUGAAAAUAAGUUCAGAGGUCACAGUGCUAUGUGAGACUGGCACAGGUAUUGUGGGCCAUCUUGCAAGUGUUGGGCUGACUGGGCUGGAGGGUUUAUGGGACUUAAUUUAUCAUAUCAAUUUUUUUCAGUUUGGAUAGAUGUGAUGUGUCAUGUUUUACUUGGGUGGUGGAUCUGGUGCUGUGCGUAGUAAUAUGUGUUUUCUCUGUGCUCUCUUAUCCUUAAAUGUUGUUAUCGGCUACCAUGGGGUUUUAGUUUUUGUUUUCGGUUAUGUAGUCCUCUGAAAAGUUUCCCAGUUAUUUUUAUUUUCCCGUAAACUUUUGAGUUCCAGUUGCCUAGCGUUUGCAUACAUAUAUACCAAGAAGAUGUAGUUGUUCUUUUAGAAAUUCCACUGUACUUAUACACACUUUGAGUGCUUGUUCUAUUUAGCUUUCACAAAUCUAUUUCUUUUCAGAUGAAUUUUUAUAAAGUACGCUCAUGUACCCCCAUUUUUUUUUCUCUUUCUGUAUUUAACACCCUGUUCCCAUGGAAACAGCAUUGAAUUGCAUUUUGUGAAAAAGACUGUGUUCACUCUUACUUCAAAUAUGUGGAGAUAAAAACAAAAUUCGGUCUCAUUCAGUGUUACAAACUGCAUGUGCUCAAUUGGUAUUAUGAUGGACUGCACUAGGGGCCCUCUUCUUUGAGUCUUCAGUGGGGGGGGUUUUAGGGCUUGUUUAUUUGGAUAAUUGUUGUGACUGGCCCCGUUAGCUGCAUCCUAUAGGAAGGGAAGGAAAUAAUCAAAGGUUCUGUCUCCUGUUUGACCUUACUGAAUGAGGAGGGAGGGGUGGGGGAUAAUUGUACCUUUGCGGUUCAAUGAUCCACGUCAUAUAAAUAUGUAAAUAGGUAGUCAAUGAAGUCAUAUAAAUGUACACUCACAUAUAUAUAUAUAUAUAUAUUCCCUUGAAAGUGUACUGGAGCUAUUAUGCAUUUCUAGGCGGACCUUGUGAUAUAUUUAGUUUGAAACUAGUCAUUUCAACAAAUUGAGUACAUGUUGUUAAAUUGAAUAUGCUCGUUUGCAGCUCGCUCAAUCCUGCCACGCACCGUUAAGUGUUUGUGAGUCUGUCAAAGUACAUUCGGUUCAGUACACGGAAGCCUUGACAUAAUAUGCUAACUGGGAAUAGCAUGAGUUGUCUUCAUGUCUGUCUUUCAUGACUUACCUAAGAAGCAUAUUGGCACUUACUUCCGCAUUUUGAAAGUCUUUUUUCUUUUAAAAUGUAAUGCAGUAAAAUUUGAAAAGCCUUAAUUGAAAUGCCAAAAGAAAGAUGCGCUAAAAAUACCCAGUGGAGAACAAAUGAGAUUAAAAUAUAGUUAUAGUGUAUUGUGUUUUGUCCUCAUUCUGGGUGUCUUUAUUUAUUUUUGGUUUUGUUUUAACCGGAACUCGCCUUCUUCUCAGUAACUCUGUAGAGUGGCUGGAGAUGGUGGUGUGGUAGGAUUGAGAUUUCACUUCUUGAGACAGCAAUCAAGUGAAUAUUUUGAGUGUACUUUGGAUGGCAGUUUGUCGUUUAUUUUUCAGACCAACACAGAAGGAUUGGUUUAUAUCAGGGAGAGCCAUUCUCUGGGAUUUUCUCAAUUUAUUAUUAUUUUUUGAACAAUUAAGUUCAACAAAUAUUGUACAUUAAUGAAAAAUUUAAGUAAGCAAUGCACUUAUUCUUUGCAACUGGUGUGGAUACUUGCUUUAAAAAAAAAAUUAAACCAAUAAUAGAGUUGUUCGUGUCAAAGGUUAUGUCCAUGGAAGGAUUGGGAUCAUACUCUUUUGUUCUAAAGUGAUAUGCACCUCUUGACUUGUACAGCUGUUGUUUGUUUUUUUUACUAUUGUUGCAUGGAUAUGGUUAUCUCUGUGUUAUUCCGUGAAAAUACUCAUGAUGUGGGACGGUUUGUUUGUGUCAUGUUGGAUUAAAAGACGAUUGUGACUCACUCCAAAAGUAUUAUUUCAAAGACCAUCGAUGAAAGGUACACAGGUGGUUGGAAGGUGCCGCUGGUAGGUCCUACUUCUUUUCUUUCCCUCUUAUGUUUCUGUCUAUCUGUCUUAACUUUUCCAUUUUUUCCGUGCACAAAAUGACAUUCAUGUUGUGGAUGUGCUUCUUUUUACUAAGCAAACAAAAGUAUGAGAGGUACAUUUUUUUGUGUUAUUGAAUGGUGUUCCCUUUUUCAUCAAGCAUUAUGGACUUUUUUAAAAGUUAGUUUCACAUACUUGAGAGUUUGAAAUUGUAUUACUUUCAACAUUUUAUAAGACAUAUUAAGAGGACAUUUUAUGUUGGAAACCUUGCCUCAAUAUGUGUGUGGCAACAACACAGGUGAGUCACAUGUUGCAUUUUGACAAUAAAACACUUGGGGUAGACCAAUCAAGUUAAUUUAUAUAAUUCCAAAGUCUCUUGAAGAUGAAGAGUUAAAAACAGUUUUACAAAAACCAAAGGUUAUUUCCCCGAUAUCUCGAAUCAGUCAAGUGUGAUAAGUGACUUCUUUUGUCAAAUAUGUACACAUUUGUUCCCUCGUCUCUUUCACCAAUUGUUGUCAGUAUUGUAUUGAUGGUUGAAUGACAUUCAUGCCUGGUAGCUGUCAUGUGUUACUUUUUCAAACUCAGCUCAAAGUAAGAAAUUGACGCUUGUUUGAUUGUUGUUCUAUCUGUUCUUCUUUACAGCAUAUUUCAUCCAAGUGUGUGUGUAUUUCUCUCUCUCUCUCUCUCUCUCUCUCUCUCUCUCUCUCUCUCUCUCUCUCUGUGUCUCACUUUCUCUCUCCCCUCUACUCUUUCUCAGGCUCAAUGCAUUCGUUUAUAUUUUAAAUGUGUCUCUGUUUCCCUCUCUCUUUCUCUGUCUCUCUAUCUAUUCUUUUAUGUGAUAGUUUCUUUGUGCUGUGCUAUCAGUUUGUGUAUCGAGAAAUUUUUAAGUAUUUAAUUUAGAGUACUCUGGAUUUUGCUAAACUGAAUCCGGGUAAUGAAAUGGUGAAGAUACCGGUUUUGUAUCCCCUGAACUUGUUUAGAAGAUGGGUUGCCUCACGGGGGAAUAUAAAUUGUUUCUGUUAGUUGAAUUGAUGCUUUUAAUGUGUCUCAACAGUCUCUUCCAAAGACGGUUUAAGCCAUGUCCUGAAUUAUGAAUCAACCCUUGUUGCCUCUUUGUAUCUGUAUGCCUCGUGGAAUGAUGCAGUCAUGUGUAAUAUUACGUGCUGUUAUUAUUAUGUUGUAUUUCUACUCUUCUUAUGACUAACUUGCUAUUGACGUGUCUCCUGGUGGAGGGUGCAUUGCAUGCUGCUCCCCGUUGUAUUCGCGAUAUACUUAAAUGUGUGCAUGGAGUUACCCAGGCAAUAAAUUAAGCUGAAAUUCUUUU